GUAACACGAUCAAAGCCAAUAAACACAGAAACCCUACCAAAGCCUCGCUCAGUCUCAGACUCACCUCAUCGCUCAUCGCUCAUCGCUCAUCGCAUAACUUUGAGCUGAGCUGAGCUGACCUGAGCUCUUCUAGUCAUCACCCACAUGCAGUCAGAAAACUUGCCGGAAUGUUCAGAGCUCUACGAGAUUCUCGCCGGAGCCGCCGGUGGGAUCGACGUUGGGUCUGGGUCGUAUGGGUUUCCGGCGAAUUAUGAAUUUACGGCAGUUCCGAGCUUUUCUGAGGGUUCCCCUUUUCACCCUUUGGAGAUGUCUGGAAUUACAGAGAUGCCACAAGCCAGAGCUCUCGCUGCUUCCAGGAAUCACAAAGAAGCUGAGAAACGUAGGAGGGAGCGAAUCAAUUCGCAUCUUGAUCGUCUUCGUAGCCUCCUUCCUUGCAACUCCAAAACAGACAAAGCUUCUCUGUUGGCUAUGGUGAUUCAACAAGUCAAGGAGUUAAAGCAACAAACCUCAGAUAUCACAGAGCUCGACCUGUUCCCUUCUGAAACCGACGAGAUAGCCGUGUUUUCCGGUGAUUUCUACGGGAGGUCAAUUCUUAAGGCAUCGGUCUGCUGUGAAGAUAGAUCCGAUCUCUUACCUGACUUGAUUCAGACAUUGAAGACACUUCACUUAAAGACUCUGAAAGCAGAAAUGGCGACCUUAGGUGGAAGAAUCCGAAACGUUCUUCUUGUCACCGGAGAAGGAGAUCGGUAUUGUGGUGAUGAAUCAAUCGGUUUCUUACGCGAUGCUUUGAAAUCUCUCGUCGAACGAUCCAGCUCAGGCGAUCGUUCUAAAAGGCGUCGAUUUGUAGACAAAAGAUGAAAAUUCAACUUUCUUCGUUUGUUUUUGUAUUUGUGUGUGAGUGUUUUGUUGAUCCGUGUGUGUGGAUUUGCAUUAGUUAUGGUUUCUUUCUUUCAUAGAUGAACGGAGAAAGAAACAAAAGCUUAAUGGAGAAAGCUCUGUAAGUAAUAGUUAUCGGCCAUGGUUGCGAUUCCUAUUUGUAGUUCUUUAGUUGUUCUUGAAGUUGAGCAUCAUUUAAUGGAAAUAUAUCAAUUCUCAACUCUUGAAGGAA